AUGAUGAAAUCAGCCGAGGAGGACGCUUAUGGCUACACGCCCAAUGUCAGCCUCUCCCUCCCGCUGGGCAACCCGUGCCUGGCCCCGCAGUACCUAAGCCUCCAGUCAAGCCCCGUCAUCUCAGUUUCAGAGGCUCACAUCUUCGACAGCCAGGACGACCUGAGCGCCACGAGCUACUACUCGGCCCGUCCGAAUGGGGCACCCGCCCUGGAGAGCCCCCGCAUUGAGAUUACUGCUUAUGGUCAGUUUCCUGAGAACGAAGCAGAGCAGGACAGCCUUCCUGUAACCAAGCGGGUCAACUCAGUUGUGACCUUGACGCUCCCUAGUGGAGACGGUUACCGGGACCCGAGCUGCCUGAGUCCUGCCAGCAGCGUGUCGUCCCGCAGUUGCCAGUCGGAGGCGUCGUCCUACGAGUCCGGCUUCUCGUACAACUACGAACAAUCACCGCAGAACUCGCCGUGGCAGUCACCCUCCGUGUCCCCCAAGAGUUCCACCCUGGCCCUGCCCACCGGCUCCCCGAGACACUCUCCCUCCACCUCGCCCCGCACGAAUAUGACGGAUGAUCCCUUUGUCGGCCGCGGCAGCUCCAGGCCAAAUUCCCCUUGCGGUGCAAAGAGGAAGUACAGUUUCAACGGCGGCGGGGUGGCGCACAAGCACUACCAGCACUCGCCCAACCACUCCCCGGGCCCAUCCCCCCAAACGUCGCCACGCCUUAGCAUCACCGAGGAGUCCUGGCUGCCAAACACCAACCAGUACACCAACUCGGCCAUCUUGGCGGCCAUCAACGCCUUGACCACAGACGGUAUGGCCGACCUUGGAGAAGCCAUACCCAUGAAAGCUCGUAGAACCAGUCUGGAACACAGCCCAACUGUCAGCCUCAAAUUGGAACCCGGCGGCGAAGAGCAGACAAUUGGAGACCUGUGUCGAGAGGAGCACCCCUCCAACCGCCUGCCCAUGAAGAAGGAGGCGUACUGUGGAGGUUUUCUCGACGUGCCUCAGCACCAGUACUCCUGGUCCAAGCCUAAGCCAUAUGUCAGCCCAUCCCUGCCUGCCCUUGACUGGCAGCUGCCGUCCAGCUCGGGACCCUACAGCCUACAGAUUGAGGUGCAGCCCAAAUCACAUCACCGGGCCCACUAUGAGACUGAAGGCAGCAGGGGAGCGGUGAAGGCUUUGGGCGGAGGACACCCCAUUGUACAGCUGCACGGCUACGUGUCUAGCGAGCCGCUAACCCUGCAACUCUUCAUCGGCACGGCGGACGAGCGUCUGCUGAGGCCGCACGCCUUCUACCAGGUGCACCGCAUCACCGGCAAGACUGUGUCAACGCCGAGCCACGAGGCGCUGUGCAACAACAACACCAAAGUGCUGGAGAUUCCGCUGCUGCCCGACAACAACAUGAGAGCCAUGAUUGACUGCGCAGGCAUCCUGAAGCUGCGCAACUCUGACAUCGAGCUGCGCAAAGGCGAGACGGACAUCGGGCGCAAGAACACGCGGGUGCGCAUGGUGUUCAGGGUCCACAUCAACCAGGCGGGCGGCAGGACAAUCUCCUUGCAGACCGCGUCCAACCCUAUCGAGUGCUCCCAGCGGUCGGCCCAAGAACUGCCCUUGGUAGACAAGCAAAGCUUGGAGACCGGCGCCGCCCCUGGAGGACAAAGCCUGAAGCUGGACGGACACAACUUUCAGGCCGACUCCAAGGUGGUGUUUGUGGAAAAGGCUCAAGACGGGCAUCACCUGUGGGAGACUGAGGCCAAAGUGGACAGAGACGCCUCUAAACAUAACAUGCUCCUGGUUGAAAUCCCGCCAUAUCGUAACCAGCGUCUGUCCACGCCAGCGCACGUCAACUUUUACGUCUGCAAUGGCAAGAGGAAGCGGAGUCAGUACCAGCGCUUCACUUAUGUGCCUUCCACAGUUCCGACCAUCAAAACGGAGCCGCGGGACGACUACGACGCACCACUUGUGUGCGCCCCCCUCGGCAUCUCUGUGCACCCCAAGCCUUACUUCCCCCCUCAGCUGACGUACACGCAGCAAAGAUCGGCGCCGAAGCCCAACUCGGGUUCCUCCCCGAGCACUAGUCCCAAACUACACGACUUGCCAUCGGCCUUCCCCGUGCCUCACGUCUCCAUUAUCCAAGAGACCCCCGGCCGCUUCCAGCCACCAUCUCAGCCAUCCACGCCCGAGACGCCCUUCUCCCCUGUUGGUGGCCCCAAUAAGGUGCUGGAAAGUGGGGGGCGGCCUCAGCGCGAAGACGGAAGCCCCCCGGCGUUGGGUGUCAGCAUCAAGCAGGAACCGCAGGAACUGGACCAAAUGUACCUUGAUGACGUCAAUGAGAUCAUCAGGAACGAUCUGUCCAGCAUCUCCGUCCACAGCCAUGCGUAG